AUGGAGGCAAAACUCUCCAACAUCCGUCUAUCCACGGUGGUUCCCGGUCAGAUGACGGUGGAAAACACCGUCCACCACCUCACAAACACCGAUUUGGCCAUGAAACAUCACUACAUUAAAGCAGUAUAUUUCUUCAACAAUGAAUUUGCGGAAUUAGGUUUAAUCAUUUCCGAUCUGAAAACCGCCAUGUCUCACCUCCUAAGCCGGUACUUCACGGUGGCUGGCCGGAUCCGACGACGGCCGGAAGACAACCGGCCGUUCAUCAAGUGUAACGACGGCGGCGUUAGGGUGGUUGAAGCGGAGAGCAACACGAGCAUCGAUGAAUGGGUGGAGAUGAAACAUUCCGAUGUGAGUGAACUCGCUUAUCGAGAUCAUGUUCUUGGCCCUGACCUUCAAUUCUCUCCCCUGCUUUUUCUUCAGUUUACGAAGUUCAAAUGUGGAGGGUUCUCAGUUGGAUUGAAUUGGUCUCACGUCAUCGGAGAUGCAUUCUCGACUUCAACCUUCGUCAACAUGUGGGCUCAAAUUGUUAACUGCAAAACCUUAUCUCAUAUUUCAAUUUCUACAAAAUUACAGAUUUCAGAGAGACCAUCUACCUUCCAAAACAUCGAUCUUGUUGGAAACCACUGGUUCAAUGUCAAUAACACCAAAAUGGUAACAUUUUCCCUUCACAUUUCUUCCAAAAAUCUUGACCAAAUAACUUCAAAGGCCAAUGCCAAGCCUUUCCAAGCUCUUUGUGCCACCAUAUGGAAGUCAUUAGCUAAGAUAAGAGCACAACUCGAACCCAAGACCGUUACCAUAUGCACAUAUGGUUCUCAAAAGAACGAAAUUAAAUCUCAAGGGAACAAUCAGAGGGUAAGCAAGGUGGUUGUUGAUUUUACGGUUUCAGAGGCUAGCGUGAUUGAUUUGGCGGAACUGAUCACCGUUAAACAAAACAACUCAGAUGCCAUGUUUUACGGGGAAACAUUGACUUUUGUGAAUCUAGAAGAAGCUAAACUAUAUGGAUUCGAGCUAAAAGGGCACAAACCGGUUCUUGCAAACUAUGCAAUGACAGGGGUCGGGGAUGAAGGAGUUGCGUUAGUUCUUCAGGGUCCAGAAAAUUAUCGUGGACGAUUGUUGACCAUGACAUUACCAAGUGAUCAGCCGCUAGAAAGAAACUCUAAGAGCUUGGAAGAAUCCAUUGAUAACCUAGGAGGGAGCCAACGGCCAAAAGCAAGCAAGGUUCCACCGAUUUCUUGUCGGUUUGAGUAUUUCUCAGCUGCGGAUAAGAACGCAUUUGUAAAAGAGUAUGCCACAAUUCGCCAACGAGAUGAUGAGUCUGUAACAAAGUAUUUGGCAAGAUUCUUGAGGCUCGCUGGUUUUGCAGGGUCGUCAGUCGGGACAUCUCUAGAGCAGGCUGAAAAGUUUAAGUGGACAAUUCAUUACCGGUACCGUUCCAUUCUUAUCAAUGAGAAAUUUACGGAUGUGGCACAGGCGGCAGAUGCUGCCAAGAAUAUUAAGAUGGAGCGGCAAGACUUUUUGGCAUCCAAAUCAGAUGGGGGAAAGAAAAGAAGUCGAGAUGGGCAACAAAUUCAGCAGAUGGGGCAACUAAAUCAGCAGCAAGGUGGUAACAGUGGGAAUUAG